AUGAGCAAUCUCACAGGAUUUUACCUCAAACCUGCAACGACCCCUUCCGACUUCACGGCCACCAGAGAACUCUUCACGUCCUACGCCGAGUCGCUAGGGAUCUCCCUCUCCUUCCAGAACUUCGCCCAGGAACUGGAAUCCCUUCCUGGUCUCUAUUCUCGCCCAACCGGCGCCAUCCUUCUCGCAUUCAACACAGAGAAUGUCGCAGUCGGGUGUGUGGCCUUGCGCCCUCUGCCCUCCGCUUCUGCCAAGGAGAAAAUCUGCGAGAUGAAGAGACUCUACUGCAUACCGCAAGCACGUGGGUUGGGUGUUGGAAGGACUCUUGUCGAUGCCGUCUUGAAAGAGGCAGAGGAAUUGGCGUAUGAGGAAAUGAGGUUGGAUACGUUGCCUCAUAUGAUCGGCGCCAGGAAACUGUACGAGGAUUUUGGGUUCAAGGUCAUUGAGCCUUACUAUGAGACCCCUUUGACGGAAACGAUAUUUCUCGCGAAGAAGCUGACGGCUUGA